AUGUCUAUCCUGCCUAAUAUAUCCGUAAACGCCUACAACCUCUGGGUCGUGAUCCUCGUGGCCGUGGGCACAAUCUCAACAGCCUACGGGCUCGCCGUGAUCGGAUCCACGGUCGGCCAGCCAAGCUUCUACACGUACUUUGAUCUCGAAGCCGACACCAGCGCACCGGGGUACGCACAUACAACGAACAUGAUUGGGGCCCUGAACGGGAUUAACUCUGCUGGUGCCGUCAUCGGCUGUAUCCUACAGGCAUGGACUGCAGACGCGCACGGGCGCAAAACGACCAUCCAGAUGGGUGCUGUUGUGCUAGUCAUCGGAGGUGCCCUGUGUUCGGGGGCUGUCCACAUGGCGAUGUUCCUGGUCGGAAGACUGGUCGCUGGUAUUGGAGCUGGAACCCUUGCUUGUAUUGUUCCUAUAUACCAGGCUGAGGUGUCCACGGCUGAAACCCGGGGUGCGAUGGUCUGCGUUACGGGCAUCAUGUAUGCUGUGGGCUACAGUCUGGCCGGGUGGUUAGGGUAUGCAUGCUUCUUCAUGGAUGGAAACAGCCCGGCAGCUUCGUUCGCAUGGCGCUUCCCACUCGCCUUUCAAGUUACCUUCCCUCUGUUUGUGCUAGGAGGGAGUCCGUACCUCCCAGAGUCACCGCGGUGGCUCCUCGCAAAGAACAAACGCGAGAGAGCCCUAACAAUCGUCCAACGACUACACGCCUCCAGCAACACCAACGCAGACGAGGAAUUCGCCUUGAUAGAGAAACAGCUCGAGCUCGACCAAUCACUCCUCACGCAGGGAAAGAAGAAAAUCGGAACAGCACUCUUCUCCACCCCGGCAAACCGCAAACGCUCCCUCAUUGCUGUAAUCCUCAUGAUCGGGAACCAGUUCCUCGGAACGUUCGUGCUCACAAACUACGGCGUCCUCAUCUACGCUUCCCUUGGUCUCGCCGGGUCCAUCCCUCUCCUCCUAAACGCCUGCUGGACCUCCUUCACUCUCAUCGGCAACACCUGGACAGCCCUCUACGUCGACCGCUUCGGCCGGCGUCCCUUCCUCCUCAUCGGCGCAGCAGGCUGCACGGUAUCCGUGAUCUUCCUAUGCGCACUAUCAGCAUCCUACCUCGACACAAACAGCGGAAACGUCGCUGGCCUCCGCGCCGCCGUCUUCUUCAUCUUCUUCUACAUAUUUUGGUGGUGUUUCUUCGUGGACGCGACGCAGUUCGCGUACAUCGCGGAGAUAUUCCCCAACCAUCUCCGUAGCCAGGGUGUUGCAUUAGGGCUAAGCUGUUUCUAUUUAGCGUCUGAGGUGACUCUUGUUGCUGCGCCGGUGGCGCUGGAUCGGAUUGGAUGGAAGUUUUACCUUGUGCUUAUUUGUCCGAGUGUGGUUUAUGUUUCGUGUAUUUAUUUUCUUUUCCCUGAGACGAAGGGGAGGACUUUGGAGGAGAUGGGUAGGAUUUUUGGGGAGGGUACGCAGACUCUGGAUGGGGAGGAGGGAGUUGGCGUUGGUGGAUUGGUGGAGAACGGGGAGAAGGCAGAAGAGAGGCGGAUUGAGAAUGUUUCUUGA